ACACUUUCAUGGUAUUUUCCCUACCACAACGGCACACACACACAGUACUCACUUCCUGAACUGUGAACCCCACCUUCCCUCUCUCUCCCUUUCGAAUCCAAUUGGGCACUCUGCAACACAAAUUUAACACAAUAGUCAAUUGCACCCAUUCAUUAAUUACAGCACCUCUAAAAUCACCCCAUUAUUCAACUCAUUUUCAUUCGUCCCCAUCACUACCAUUUUACUGUCGCGAUUAAACAAACAAGAUCGAACCAGUCCAGUCCUUUUCUUUGUUUUUAGAAAAAACAAUAGUAGAAGAUGUUUUUUAAACGGCAGAAAACAAUAGUAGAUGUUAGAUACAGAGGUGGGUCAGAAAUGGAUUAGGUCAAGAUUCACCUGCCGUUUUUUUGCUCUUUUCCGUCCUGGAUCUGGUCUCUAGAGAACUCACAUAUGCUGGUUUACUCUCCUACUGACGCUAGAGGAGAUAGACAAAGGCUGAUCAGAGUUGGGAGACACUGUUUGUUUGCAGAGAAACUAGCCUAAAAUUCAGCCUAUUCAGGACAAUAUGCCUCAAGACCGUCUCAGAUCAUUUGUCAAGUGCGAUGAUCCAAAAGGUGUGGUUGAAUGUGGGACAAUCAGAAAAUCCAAAAGCAAUCCUAAAAGGUUAGAAGAAAAAGCCAAAAGUCGAAAAAUGCCUAAGAAUUCGAAUUCUUCUUCCUCCUCUGCAUCUAAGGAAGCAGGAAAGGAAAUGGUACCUGAAAAAGACACAGAAGAUAACUCAUCUUCCUUUCAGCUCCUGGAGGUGUCUAAAGGGGCCCAGAAGUUGAACCAAGUAAUAGAUUCGUGGUCGAAAGGGAUGAAUUUUGAUGGCAACUCCAAAGAAAUUGCGAAAGAUUUGUUGAAAGGGGCUCUUGAUUUGCAAGAGUCUUUGAUCAUGCUUGGGAAGCUACAAGAAGCGUCUCAAUAUAUGGCUAAGUUGAAGAAAAAGCAGAAAGAGAGAUCCAAGGGAGAGAAAAUUGAUCAAGUAGGGAUGGAGAGAACGAAAUCCCUUCACUUCACAGAGCGUAAUUAUGAUUUGGAAUUUCAGAAGCCGAGAUUUUCUGAUUAUGGGUGUUCAAGAGAUUUUUUUGAGCAGAGAGAGAAGUCCAUGGGGGAAAGGGUUUACAAAGUUGGGAGUGAAAGAACGAAUUCCCAUCGCUUCCUAGAUCAUAAUCACGAAACGGGAUUUCAGAAGCUGAGAGUUUCUGAUUAUGGGUAUUCAAGUGAUCGUUUCAAACAGAAAGAGAAAUCCACUGGAGAAAGGAUUCAUGAAAUGGAGAUAGAAAGAAUGUAUUCCCAUCGAAGUUAUCAAAAAGGGUUUCACAAGCCGAAGCGCUCUGUUGAUGAGAAAUCUGGCGGGGAGAGAAUUCACGAAGUGGGGAUCAAAAGAACGAAUUCCCAUUACUUCAUGGAUCAUAAUUGUCAAACAGGCUUUCAGAAGCCGAGACUUUCUGCAGAUGAGUUAUCGGGGAGAGAAUUUUUUCAUGCCGUGGGGAUUAAAAGAUCAAAUUCCCAUCACAUUGGAGAUCACAAUGACCAAACGGUAUUACAAAUGCCUAGACUUUCUGCUGAUGGGUAUUCAAGGGAUUGUUUCGGCGAACUAAGGACAGUAAUCAGAGACAGCCUUGCUGGGCAAAAUCUUCUCCCGCCCAGUUGCAUCGAGGAAAGGGAUUUCUGCCAAAAAAGAGCUCCGGACUUAGCUCCUGGUAUUGCCUCCACUAGCUCAAGCCAAUCCUCAAUGGGUAACUCCCAUGAGUUUGCCUCUUCUAACAGUUCUCUCUCAUCAAAGGCUCCAAACAAGCCAAAAGGCUCAAAUUUGAUUGCCAAGCUUAUGGGUAUUGAAGAAUUUCCCAGGAAAUGGUUAGAACAUGAGAAGAUUUCCAGUCCGAGAAGAGCUGUGUUCGAUACUGACAUGCCUAAGGCAAGGAAGCCCCAGUCCGCUGCUUAUAAGGUGGAUACAGAACAGGUGAAACUGAAAGAAAUAGUUGAAACUAUGCACUUGAAAGGGCUUCUGAAAAGCAAUGCUGCUGAAGGGUUAGGGCUUCAAUACCGCCAUUCUAAUGUCUCUGACUCCAAAAAGAGGUUCAGUGAAGAUGCCCCACCUAUUGUUAUUAUGAGACCUUGGUGUAUUUCAAGUGCAGAGGAAAGAGAGCCUCGUGUGCAAAAGCUUAUUCGGGAGAUUGAAGCUCUUGAUAUGUCCAAUAGCCAAGGUGGUUUAAAUUCUGUUGAGAUCUGUGGAAGAGUUAAAAAGGGGGAUGAAACUCCAACCAAAAGGAUUAGUCUAGAAGGGGAUAAAGGCUCUAAAGUGGUACGAGCAAAACUGGAAGAAAUAUCAGUCAAGACUAAGGGCAAGUUGUCUUCUAAUAAGUCAAACCCUUCUGUAGCAGUAAAUCAGCAACAGAGGAAGAGGGAAAUUGAGAAGAGAGUUGAUAAGGUGCAAAAGGUGGCCCCUUGCAGGAAGAAACCGGAAGAAGUGGAGAAUGUGAAAUCUAAAGGCGCUAUCAAGUGGCAGGAUGAAGCCAAAGUGACCUCCCCGAAAGAAAGAAGACCUGAGGUGGGAUCGAUCAUUGCAAAGAGUCGUGUGUUCCAACAAAAAUAUACCUCUUCAAGCGUCAUUUCUAAACAUGCAAAACCAGCUGUACCCCAGAACAUUGGUGAUCGAAAAAAGAAUCGCAAUAAUGAGAGGCCAGUCAAGGCACCCUUGGCAGCUGAUUUUGUUGUGGAAAAUGAAAGCGUAGGAUGCAAAUAUGGUGACAAGCUGAUGGAUAUUAGUUUUGAAAAUGAAGCUGAUACAACAAUAAUCUACCCCACAGCUGCAGAUCAACUUCUCACUAAUGAAGGGACAGAUGCCUCUGAAAUUCAGAUUGACGAACAAUGCGAUAGCAGCCAGGAUUUUCCCGACGAUAUUCUACCGCAGACUACCCAACACGAAAGCUUCAAUGAAUCGGCUGAAGAAACCAAGCACUGCAUAAGUCAGAAGGUAUCUGAGAUGAUAUACUUCAGAACAGAAACCAAUGCAGAAGACUUGAUCUUGAGCAGUCCAUCAUUCCUCAGUUAUGCAGAGGAAAUCUAUGAUAUCAACUCUAACAAUGCCAUACAUUUGAAGCCAACUAGCUUAAACAACCACGAAACCAAUGAGAGGAGACUCUUGUUGGACUGUGCAAACGAACUCAUGCAAUAUAGAAUCCUAAGGUGUAAACAACCUAUACAUCCAUUGUUACUCAUUCCCAUGAGCUGUUUAAAAUCCACUACUUCCCUAUCUCAAUUGGCGGAGGAAGUAAGCGAUGGAAUUGAGAAUCUGAGAAGCUACCGUAAGAAUUUCGGAGAGAAAUUUCACAAGGAUAGUCUAUUUUCAGUUGUGGAGAGGGACCUGAGGUGCCGGGGAGUGGUUAGUGGGGGAUGGGACUUGGGUUGGAAGCAUUCAUUUACGGCGGAUGAAGUAGAGGAAGCCGUCGGUGACGUAGAGAAGCUAGUUUUCAGUGAGUUGCUAGAGGAUAUGUUUGUAGAUUUUAUCCUUUAGCACUUCAUGUGUUUCCAAGGGUCUUGUUUAUGAGCUUUUAGAGGCUGGUUAAUGAUGUUUUCUGUACAUACGGAUACUAUAGUGAGUAAGGGGAAGUUAUUAUUGAUUGUGUUUGGGUUGUGCCCCCUUAAAACAUUUUUUAAUGCAAUUUCUCCAUUUCUGAUAAUAAAGAACAAAAAAUUUGGUGC